AUGAACUUGCGGGUGCUGGACCAGCAGCUCAAGCGGUCCCUGGACGUGGCGCUGAAGUACGCGACGCCCCUCGAGAAGGCGCUGAACGCGCGGCUCGACAGCCUGAACGGCGACGCGGACGCGCGCGAGGAGUUCUUCAAGAAGAUCGACUAUUUGAAGGAGAAGCGCCAGGAGGCGCGGCGCAACGACCCCGACGUGCGGCGCCAGCGCGCGCUGGCGCACCGCGUCGCGGCCGAGUCGCCGCGAAGGACCUUGGCGGAGAAGCACGCGUCCGUGCGCUCGAACCGGGAGAGCUUCCACUCGAAGCGCAGCGAGCGGAUUUUAUCGGCCUACGUGCGGAAGACGGCGCGCGUCGUCAAGACCAAGGCCGAGCGCCUCGAGGACGAGCAGCGCGCGCGGCCCUGGCUCGCCGCGCUCGUCCUCGCGCGCAACGCCGUCGACACGAAGCGGUCUUAUGAUAGACGGACCCGGGAGUCGGACCAGUACGGCGGCGGGCGCGCCGUCAAGGGCGCGGCGUCGCGCGUGCAGAACCUCUGGCGGCGGAAGACGGAGGUCGACCGGGGCCGGAGGUACCGCGACUCCGCGAAGAAGAUCUCGUCCUACGCAGGGCCGGAAAGAGAGAGAUUCAAGUUCGCUUCAACGUCCUACAUCGCCGCGAAGCGGACGACCAUGCUCAUGAACCGCAAGGGCAAGGCCGUCGACGUCAUCGCCCACUUUUUGACGGAGAACGCGAACGCGCGGAAGCACAUCCACCGCGUCAUCAAGAACCUGCUCAAGGCGACGCGGCGCGUCCAGCGCUACUGGCGCGAGUUCGCCGUCGUGUCGUCGCACCGCCUCGCGCUGCUGAACAUGCUGUGGCAGGACGCGGAGACGGACUACUACCGCGCGGCGAAGGCGCGGUGCCACGAGGUCGCGGAGCAGCGCCGCGUCGAGAUCUUCGCCGUGGGCGCGCGCGCGGAGCCCGACGCCGAGGGCGAGGGCGGCGACGUCGUCGGGGCGUUGCCGGCGCUGUCGCCCCUGGGGAGCCCCGCGCCGUCGAGCCCGCGGUCGUCCGCGCGGCGCGGGUCGUCCUUCGGCGGCCUGCCCGCGCCCGCGCCGCCGUCGACGCCCGGGUCCGCGGCCAAGGGCACGCCCCGCGGCGCGCCGCGGUCCUUCGGGGCGGCGGCGACGCAGGACGCGCGCGUCAAGGCGCAGCUGGACAUGGUCGACAUGGACCUCGAGGACGAGCUCCGGAAGUUGCAGCGGCGCCGCGUGCCGCCGUCGCACCGGAGGGACUACCUGCGGAAGCUGCUCUUCGAGUGCCGCCGCAAGUUCAAGGUGGAUCUGCCGGACUCGACGAACCUGCUGGCGAACAACGCGUACGCGAUCGCCGCGCGCUUAGCGUCCAUCGAGGACGUGCGGAUGCUCCUGCGCGGCGGCCCGGGGAGCCGGCCGGCGACGGCGGCCUCCGACGACGCGGGCAAGGAGGACGUCAACUCCGGCGCGGAGCGCAUCAUCGGGCGGCUCGUGGCGAAC